UACGCAAAGUUUAGCGUGCGCUAUUCUAAAACUCCCUAUUGAAGUAGUAGCCGCAAGAUCGCCAUCGUCGUCACGACUCCUUUGUUCUCGCUCACUCGCCUCGUACAGUCGGCGCUCCCAGGUUCGCGCGCUUUUUUUUUUACAGUUAUCGUUUACCACCACGUCGUCGUCCGCGGCAAAGUGAGUAUGCCAAGUUGUGUUCAUUUUAGCCGGUUGAUGUACUGUUUAUGUACGAAUUCGGAUAUACCGCCAUUUUGUAUGUAAGUGUGGCGAAGUGUGGUUCUUGUCCGUAUUGGAUCUGCUGGUUUCAUGUAUCAUGCCGCGCUCGCUAGGCGCAUACGCUUGUGAAAAAGCUGCUCGAGAAACAAGAAGAACUCUUGAACUUCUUGGGUACGCUGGCGACGACGACGCACAGGAGACAGAACAUGAGGGUGUUCAAAAUUCUCCCGAGCUACCUCCGAGAUCCGCCGCCGUUGAAGAUACCAGCGAGCACUGCCGCCAAGAGUCCAGGCGCGAAGAAGAUUGCGAUAAGGCUUGUUCGUUCGAUGCGAUAUGCCAUUGUUGAGUUCUUGGGCCUUGAGCAGGUUGAGGUCGUACCAGCCUUGUGGGUCGACGAUGACCGCUGUGCAUGGCCGAAGCAUAUCAAAGGAGAUAAAGUGACAGCAAUGGUGAGGAAGGCAGCACCGCCAGAUGCAUUGUGGCAGCAGUUUGAUGUGUCCGUCAAAGGGCUGUUUGCAACAUACGAACAAGCACGAAAAAAACUUGAACGCAGCCAGUACACCUCAGACCUGAGCAGCGACAACGAAAUGCCCCCAGGCAAGAGAGUGAGAAGGCCGCCUCCCCAAUGGUCAGAGUCUGAUGCUGACCCAGCACCAGCAAGGCCGACUAAGAAAGUUCAACGGAGAGUUCCCACAGUUCCAAGUGAUUUUCCCCAAGCCAUGGUCUCUUCUGUUCAAAUGCAGAGUAGCAGCUCUACGGGGAGUGAAAAUGCAGGCAACCUGCCUGAUCACCCAGGGAGCAGUUCUGAUGACCCCUGUGUGCACGGUAAGAGCCUUUUGUACUGUGACAAACAAUCACGAGCAUCCUCUUUUGAAGCCUUCGAUGACUCCAACCUUACAGACAUAGUUACAGACAUUGGGGGCUCACAAGAAUCAGUCUCUUUUAAUGAAGGGCAUCAGGCAAGAGGGAGAGAGGAUCCACAAGACCAGGAACAAGGGUUCAAGCAGCACGUCUUGAGGCUCCUCAACAUUGUCCGUUUCACGGUCCAGCAACAUGGGGAAAUGCUGAACAAGCUCUGUGAGGUCCUUCCAAGCCAUGCAGUCGUCGUACGCCCCCGUCUCGUCGAACAACCGUUCAACAAGCUAGACGACCUCUUUGCCUUUGACAAGACGUUGGUGAACGAAAAGGCGGCGAUGCUUGUCCAAGAAUUCAGGGAACUCGGAGGGAAAACGGCCAGCAAGGCGACAAAGAGCAUGCUAGCGCACCUGCUCGGCGACCAACUAGCUGCACAGUUUUCGUGGGUGGGCCGGAAAGGCAAACAGAACUUCUCGUCCUUGAGGACUGCCACUGCAAUUGUGGCUGCUGGAAGGCAGCUGCCGGGAGGAAAGGAUGCCAUAGAAGAAGCCAUCAAGUCGUGGCUCCGUCACGCACCUGAGCGCAUGGCCGGAAAAAAAGAAAACCGAAGAGAAGUCGACCAAGCUGACGAUUCCGAGUAAACGGAGCCAGCAACCGGAUCUGCAACACCGUCCGACGACUGCAGCAAGCCGCACCAAGGCAUUUACUUGUCUUUUUAUUUUUAUUUUGAAGUAGUGACAAUGGUUUUUGUUGUUUUAUUCAUUGGAGAGGCCACUUCUUUGUUAUCUAAGUGCACCUUUUAGUCAUUCACAGCUUGUUUGUAGUUUGGUUGUCUAAUUUUCUUGGACCUUUUACCUCCCGAUAUGCCAGCAAAGGAGGCUGAGCAUAACAGCGUCCAACACUGCCAGGUGGCCCAUAGUUUGUCUCCAUCUAAAGUGGACCGCAGCAGACGCUUUAAGCCAUCGCACCAAUCUAGUUGCAGAGGCGUGACAUAUAAACUUGCAGUUGAACGCCAGAUUAUGUGGCGCUUGUAAAGGCCCGUUCACACUCUUGCGACCGAGUAAGUCCAAGA